AUGGCCAAAGUGUACGGUAUGUCCAUUGAAAAUUGGAGCGGAGUAGAGACUGGAAGGUGACAGUUCUGUAAUAUAAUUAACAAAGGGAAUACUUUGCCAUAUUAACUUCUUAUGUCGUAUUAUUUAUAGUUUGAUAUUUCUAAUGUAUUAGUGGUUGUUUUCCAGAUGCAGAUAAAUUUCCUUUGUUGCCGUUCCGUCGUCCCCAAAAACCUUUAUUUUAUUUUAACUUUUGUUUUGAAACGAAGUUAUUUAGGAUAGGAUAUUUAAUCUGCGCAAGCAUCCCUUUUGCAUUUAUAAUGUGGCAAGGAUCUGGUAUUUUUACUUUUACUUUGGUUAGUUACUUUUUUUUUUUUUAAACCAAAGCAAAGAAGCUGAGACGUUAUAACUUUUUCCCGACAGCAUUCAAAAGUCAUUGUGUCUCCCUUUGCAAAAGCACACACACAAACAUUUUUUUUUGCCUUCUUAUUGUAUGAUUGCAAAAGUUUAAGUAAGUAUAAUGUAUUUAAUUUUGUAGGUCAUUUCAUUUCAUCGGAUACAUCGGCACUUCACCCUUUUCAUCUGAUGUAAGAUGUCUGUUGAGGAGCCUGUGUCAGCAGGUAUGUUAUGUUUUCAAUGAUCGCAGGUUUGCUCGGAUGGCAUCGUCCAAAAUACACCUCUUAUUUGUACCGGUACACUAGGGUCGUCUGGCUAGUGCUAUUGGUAAGUUUCGAAACGCUUACUUAAUACACACUUUAUUAUCGUUUUUGUUCUGGUUCAUUUUUAUCAAUAAGUCUCUCGUUAGUUAAUGAUUAUUACACAAUAAGUUUGUUAUCUCCGAUCAAUUCCCAUUUAAGUACACGUGCAAAGAUUCUAUUUAAAAUCAUCGCUAAUAAAUCAUCGCUAAUAAAUCAUCGCUAAUAAAUCAUCGCUAAUAAAUCAUCGCUAAUAAAUCAUCGCUAAUAAAUCAUCGCUACCCAGUCGUCGCUGCUUAAUUGUCGCUGCUUGAUAAUCACCACAAGCUAUUUGCUAGCGUUGGGAGCUAGACAAAAGUAGACGAAAGGACUGCUAAAAUACCUCAAUUUUCACAUGACCUGCGAGGAAGCCUGUUCCAGGCGUUCAGUUAGUUCAACGAAGGGUGAUGGAACACAGCGCGGUGGUAGCGGAGAAGUGACAAAACAUGGAAUGUUUGGGUCGGUCGGUCGUUACUUUCGCGCCUGGAACAAGCUACCCACGAUAACGAAACUAUAAAACCAAUCCUUCCUUGGUAAUUUUCGCUCUCCUUCGCUUGAGCCACUUACUUAUAUGAUCUUUAAGUGAUCUGUAGAUGCUUCUGAUGAUAAAUGGUACACAGCUUCCUCUGAUCAAACGAUGGGAUUUCUAUAGUUUUGCACAGUGAAUCACUGAAUUACAUCACCAUCACUAUAAAUUUCCGUUGCAAUUGCAGAUGUGUUUGGUGUUGAACGAUACAUCAACAGUUAUUACCGACAACUGUGAGCGACUGGUGGCAACAUUUCGCUCUCUUCUCCAAAGACCCACUCCAGAAAAUCCGAUGGGUAAUACAUAACAUUUGCCAUAUUUUACUUCUCUAAGGCGGCAGUCAUUAUUUAUCACCUUAUGGGGAAAGAGAGGAUUUCUGGGGGUAAUCACGUGGUUCUCAGAGGUAAUGGAGCGGGAUCAGUUAUUGCCAACAAAGUAUACCCAUCCUCCCCUAGCCAAAAUAAUGAACGGACCUUGCUAAUCAAUACCUAUGGUAUGAGUAGGCACUAAGUACGUUUAUUAACAAUGAGAUCAUGUGACCGUGCCCAUUUAAUCCAAAAUCUUUCAGUUUUAUUUCUCAACUCAUUGGACCAGCUGUCAGACCAAGAUGAUGGACGUGCCUUAAGAUGGCUUCCAACGAGCUUGCCAAAAAAUGUCCACAUUGUGGUGAGCACCCUUCCCAAUACAGGAGGGUGCCUUGCUGUACUAAAAUCCAAACUAAAACCAGAGAGCAAUGCUGACUUUUAUCUUGAGGUAAGUUUUUUGUCGCUUAUUCCUUCUCUGGAACUUUGCAUAUGAAAUGAACUUUUACAUAAAAUAAUUGCAUUCCGUGGUAGUAAUUAUUAUAUAUAUGUAUUUUUUAAACCAGGGUAGUUAGCUUAAGGUGACUUCAAUUAUUUUUCUGCGACGCAUAGAAUAAUCUUCAGCCCUGGUGAAGCAGCCAAAUAUUAGCUAAGUAAACUAGAAAAGAAUGACAAGUGGAAAAAAAAAAAUGAAGAAGGAAAGUUAAUGGUCAAGAGUGCAAAAAGAAUGAUCAAUGAUCACGUUCAGCGAAAGAAAUACGGCGUCGAAAAUUCAAAGAUACGCAAGCUGUAAUCUUGUUCCCUUCGAUCCUUGAUGGCCAAGCUAUCUAGAUUUCUCAAUGAUCAUAUCAUCUUUUAUUGUAGUGACUCCGUAAAUAAGCUUACCGUAAAUGUUACAUAAAAAACACCUUGUUGUUUUUGGUUUCGCAUACUCUUUACUUUUUCCGAAGGUUUCAUCCUUGGAAUCGAGUGAUGCUGAGAGCAUUCUAGAUAUGAGAUUAGAAAAAGAGAAAAGGUAUGCUUUCACUUUUAAGUGGUUCUUAACCCAUCGUUGGAAAGUUUGUUUCUUUCCUAACUUAUAGAACAAAACGUAUAUAGCACUGACCUUACCCAUGGACUAAAUGUUUAUCACCUCAACUCCGACAUCAUGGAUAAUGUUUGAAGUGCUUUGAAGAUUCCAAACCUAGUCUGAGAGGUCGAUUUGGUUUUUCUACCCGAAAUAGAUUCAUACAGAACCAAAGGCGGUGAUCAUCAUUUUUUUUGGCAGACUGACAACCUUGUUGUCGUAUUUCAUUUCGUUCAGGUCCAGUAUACUUCUACUAUAUUAUAUAGAAAAUGCAAUGUAAUGUGCAUGUACAGACGCACCAUAGGUCAUCCUCAAUGAUAUCAUUGAUUGGUUUGAUAAUCAAACUUUGUAGGGGACUCACAGCACAGCAAAGAUCUCAAGUAUUAGAAACCUGCUCCAAGCCAACAGCACUUUACAUGAAACUAGCUUGUGAUACAGCUCUUCGUUGGAAAUCGUUCACUGAAAACACUCACAACGAGUUAAGACUGACUGCGACGGAGCUGAUCAUACGGCUUUUUGAACGGUUCGUGAGUUUAAAUUUUUUUUGAAGAAAAUAAAAAAAAAUAUUUGUAAUAUUAUAAUAAACAUAUUUGUAAUACUCUAUCCUCAAUCAUGGUGAAUAACUUGUAAUGGAAUCUACAUUCACAAACGUAAGGCCCAAGGAUCUACUGGGAGCCUGUUCUAGGCCUGCAAGUCAGAUUUACUAGAAGACCGCUCACUUUACAACUUUGAAUCAAUAACUUGCUUCAAUAUAGCAUAUUUCCUACAUUGUCAUUUUAUCUUAUAGUUCGAGAGAUCAUCUCUCUUCGUGCAUUAUAACAAUCAUACGAUAAUACUCCCAUUUAUCUCAUAAAACUAUCCCAUUUCCAUCAAAAAUGUAAUAAAACAGCUACUGCGUAAUUUUCGUAAAAUCUUCUUGAAAAGGGCCCAUACAAGUUUACCUCUACAUCGAAAGUCCGACAGUUUCUAGAUGUAUCUUUUUAAGUUCCUCUCUGCGCAGAACGAGUUUGCAAGAGCAAUGAUUUAAACUUAAAAGUGCCCCUUACCAUAAACUUAUCCUGAAAGGAGAUGUGUAAGGCUCCUUGCUACCUCUAAUUCUAUUGAGAAAUGUCCUGUCGCUAUCGUUAGAUAUAAUUUUUUUUACUUUUCAGCUUGAUCAUAGAGCAUGGGGAAAAGUUUGUCCGUAGGGCUUUAGGUUACAUUACAGCUUCUAUAACGGGUCUUUCGAAGUCAGAACUGGAAGAUAUCUUAUCAUGUGACGAUAUCGUUCUCGCCGAUGAGGUUUUUAAAUACCACUUGCCACCAAUCAGAAGGCUGCCUCCUCUACUGUGGACUCGACUCCGCAAUGACUUAGGUCAGUGGUUUAUUACAAAGAAAGGAGAAAAACCAAACGCAGAACAUGAAUGUUUACAAUGGAAUUUGAGUCAAAAAAUUUACAAUACCAAGUCUUAACUAGUCAUCAAAGACAGUUUUCAAGACUAACAGCGCCAGUCAUAAAUGGUCACCAAAUAAACUUCAAUGGGUAAGAAAAUUAUUUGGCCCGCCUGCCUUCACUAGGAGAUCGACAACCCACCACUCAACAUAAUAGUAAUUGUAAUUCCUUUUUAUUAAGUAAAAAACUAAUCUAGCGUGCCAAGAUGUUUUCCGCUCAUUGUAGAUUUUGUAACAAUUGGAACUUAGUAUGGUCAGUGUGGCCAGCUGUACAAUAUUAAAGUAGUAAAGAAAUGACCACCUAAAGCUCGCGCAGCAUAGCUUGUAAAAAUUUGAAGGGUAAGAAACUGAAGAAACGUAUCGCGCUAUAAUUGUUAUUCUCAAUAACCAUUGUUACUUCUUCUAGCACUUGCGUCCUUGCAGGCGGUUAUCUGGUGAAAGUAGCAGCAGACGGUCACGUAGUAUAA